AUGGAUGCUAAAUCAUUGUUCAAGUUCUUCACAAAAUUUGGCAUAGUCAAGGAUGUAUUCAUUCCUUCCAAAAGACGAGUAGUGUCACAUUCUAGGUUCGGAUUUGUGAGGUUCGAUUGUAAUGUAGCAGCUGAUAUAGCCAUUCAAAAAGCCAACAGUCUUCUGGUGGAUGACAAAGUUCUAGAAGUCAAAGCUGCAACUCUUGAUAGAAGAAAGAGGGAGGAGAAUAACAGGCGGAAUCCAGAACUUAUGAAACCACAGUUCAUCCGGAGAACUAUUGAAGCAAAUAGAUCCAGAGGACAUAAUCCAUUUGCUUGCCAGAGAUCCUUUGCUGAUGUUGUGCAAGGGGUGAAUUCGAACACCUCCAUCAAAGUCACUGAAGAGGGUAACGGUUGGCUCUAUGAGAGUGCCAUUAUCCGCCUGAAUACAGAACACUCCAUACACAGUGUUCGUGAAGCAUUGAAGGAGAAAGGUCUGGAGCAUAUUUUGGUUAGGCAUGGGGGUGGAAGAGAUGUAAUAUUAACUUUUAACACUCAGGAGGAGUUGGCAUCAAACAUCGACAAUCUCAAAGCUUGGUUUAAGGAUCUGAGUCAGUUUGUGGCAGCGCUCAAAUCUGGAAAUCAUUUUGUCCAAGAACGAUGUGUAUGGCUCAAAUGCUGUGGGAUACCCUUACAUGUUUGGAAUAACAGUACUCUCACCAAGAUUGGUCGUUUAUGGGGCUCGGUACUCAGCAUUGAGGGAGACUUGUGUGAGCCAAAAUCAUUCUCCCACGCCAGGAUUAGGAUAGCCACUACAAAUAUGGAGUUUAUUGCUAAAUCUUUAACUUUGGACUGCAAUGGUGAAGAUCAUAAGAUCUUUGUGUGCGAAGACUUCCAACCAGAUCUCAGUAACCUGUACCAUAAUGGCAUGUACGAGGCCAAUUCUCUUGCAACCUGUUGCAGUGUUGAGGAAGACAAUAUUCCAGUGAUAGAUGGUAAAGCGAAGGGAAGAAGAUGA